AUGACGGUGCAUGCCCCGGCGGAUGCUCCAGAAGCGUUCCCGCAUGAUGCUUUCCCACGGUUGUCCAUCGCGACGCCGACCCGGCUCAUGAUGGGCACCAUCUCGUCGGCGCUGCUGGGACUCGGGCUCGGCGCCACGCAGGGCGGCCAGAUGGCGCAACUGCGGUUCCGAGCUGAGCACGCUCACAAGAUGCCCGACUCGACGGCUGGCUGGUACUUUUAUCACAAGUCCAAAAACUACCACGCCAUGCAGGGCGGUAUCCGUGAGGGCUUCCGCAUGGCCUUUAAGACGAGCUUCUGGACUUUGGUGGCAUUGUCACUGGAGAGUACUGUGGACAGGUGCCGUGGGUCUAGCGACAUGUUUUCAACGACAAUUGCGACUUUGACGGUUGCAGGAGCAUUUUCCCUUUGGCAUCGGCUCUCUAUGACAGCAGCAGCGCGGACGGCCAGACUGGGCCUCAUGUUUGGGCUUGCGUAUGGCGGCGUCCAGGACCUCGUGGGCUUAGCCCGAGGCAGACCGAUCGGUUACGUCGAUUUUAUCAAGCGCCGUAGUGGACGGACGGCUGCGUCCCACAAAGACGCCCUCGACAGCCAACCAGCGGUGUGA